UUGCAGAUACAUACACGCAAUGAGUUAAUCAUCUACACUGCUCAUCGACAAUUUAGUAUCUAUUUAUCAUCCCAGUUACUGUGUGGGGCGACAAGAAUUCUUUACUAUCAAGCUGAUAUAUUGUUGAAUGAUUUGUUGGAGUGCCGGGUGAAAACGACAUCCAAGACUAAAAGCAGUGGCAAAAAACCAGAUGAAGAGUUGCAGAUUUCCCAACAGCUGCGCGAUGUACCGGAGCUUACAGAUUUCGACUUUUCUGCCAACUUAGUUGAUAACGAGCGUCGCAUUACUCUUGCAGAACCUAGUAAUUGGGUGUCAGAUGUUCCCAUGUCAACUUUUGGCGCAAUAACCGAAAAGGAGCUGGACUAUAUACUUCAGCACGAUGGAUUAAUACCUUUGGAUUUAUCAGAUUCAGUUAGGAAGUUACCUGAUCUACCUGAAACUUCCAUACCAGAAAUUGAAGAUGCAAACCUUUUCAAAAAACCAACCCUUCCGCCUAUGCAGCAAAUCCAAACUGAAACUACAGGUUUGCUAGAAGGCCAAGGAGUAGAUCAAUCGCUACUCGAAAUACAAGAAAAUGCAUCUGAACAAUUACCUGAACCACCUCAGGAAGUUGCUUUGACACCAACUAAACGCACCCGAUCGUCACCUGGUAUUGAUGGCCACAAAACACCCACCAAGAAAAGACGCGAAUUGGAUACUGAACCUGGUAGUGUCUUGACACCAGUACCGCCUCGAAUUGAGCAACCAAGUGACAGUUUUACUCUGCAAUCAUUGAUCACUGAUGGUCAAGAGGGCAAAAAAACAAACCAGCGUUCUAAGAGGAGUAAAAUCAUUGAUGAAAUUACUCAGAUACCACCUCCCAGACUGGACAUUUUCAUUCAAUCGGUCCGUAAUGAUAUAAUUCAACUCCCAAAGCAAACUGCCAAUAAAUUGCUCACGACCCCAUCAACGAACUCAAGACACUGGGGGAAAGGAUUACUCGAUUUGUACGAAAGCAUGUUGUUGAACCCUAUGAGUCAUAGUGCUGUAGAAUCGAUAGCGAACCCAGAAGUGGUACUUGGACCAGUCUCUGCAAUUCACACAACUACAGAUGUCACUGCGGAUGGACUCCUGAUUCAUGGAACAUUGUUGGAAAACACGUCAAAAACUAACGGAACUAAAACUUUUGAACAAAUUUCAAUUGACCAGACCAUUCAGAUGCCCCCAACUGAAAGCUGGCCAAUCAAUGUAACAAAUGAUUUUUCUCAACCGUUGCCGGAAACAUCUGUGAAAGAGCCACACGCUACUUCGAAAAUGAUCAGCGAUCAUCCUCAUUCAGAGAUCAUUAAGACCGUUUACGGUGAUUGGUUGGAAAAUGGGGAAGAUGGCAAUUUUAGAGUUCCGUUGAUGGACAAAGGCAUUGAAAGAAGUCCUACAGUAGAAGUCCGAGUGGCCAGAUACCAAUCCAGAAGCAGUAAGACUUCUUCCGCAUCAACUAUCCUGUCCACAGCCAAUUUGGUAAAGUCCAAUUUACUUGGAUACCUUCAUGCUUUCUGGUCAACCAAUCAGGUCUUAACAUUCAAAGAUCUUGUCCCGCUUUCGACUAGUACGAAAAAAGAUGCUAUUCGAAUGUUCUCGUCUCUACUUGAACUGCAUAAAUCAAAACAAGUGAAACUGCUUCAAGCUGAACCCUAUGGACAUAUUUACAUCCAGGAGUAUUCUAUGUACUAAACAAAUUUUAAUGGGCAUCCUCCACUCUGUAUCGUGCUCUGCAAGUUCUUGAUCAUAAUCAAUGACUAUUUGUGUAUGAUUCAUUCGUUAUAAAAUGGAUAUCUAUGCAAAUUAUUGUCGCCA